AUGACCUCGCAAUAUGCUGCAGAGCUAUGCACCCUCCUAGUCGAUGCUAAUUUUGGGGAGCUUUUUUCGCGCAUUUUUUCAACUCUCCUUCGCUACGACCGACUGUCCCUUCCUCGCCUGAAAUCCUACUCCCGUCUUUCGGAUCGCCAGCUUCAACAUGGACUUGCCGCCAUGAUCCAACACCAUCUCGUCUACCACUACACCUCUUACGAUGAAGGGGUCACAUACUACGAACCAAAUAUGCAGUCGGCAUAUUAUCUUGUUCGGUUUGGGAAGAUUGUAGAAUUUAUAGAAGACCGGUUGGGAAAGUAUGCUGCCACCGUCAUGUCGACCAUCCUGUUUCUCGGACACGCUCAAGUGAGCUACCUCGAAACGCUUCCGGAACUGAGAUCUGAUAAUUUCGGUGUGAAUGGAAUCAGCGAAGAGAAGGAAGAAUAUGACGACGAUGAUGGUCAACCAGCUGAGAUCAAUGGCGAGCAUGCCACCUCUAAACAGCCAACCCCCCUUCAUCCCACCUUGAAGGCCCUGGCAGGCCAUGGAUAUAUAUCUCGAGUCAGGGAAGCCCAGUUUCAAAGCUACGCUGAUAACGUGUUGGAUGCCGAGCGAGCAAUAAAAUCGAGGCCAGACGUAAAGACUAUGAAGGGUAAAAAACUGGAGGAGACUGUUUUUGAUGGAACGCUUAGUAUACUUAGUGGAAAGCUAGAUGGGGAUCUUACUCGUGGUUUGAUGUUCAAUGGGAUUCCUUGUGGGGCUAAGCGAAAACAUGACGCUGGGGUUUCCGAUGCUUCCAAUAAAAGGGCCCGGUUGGACUAUGCUGCGGUUGAUGAAGACGACAAAGAAGAUGAGGAGAAUGAAUGGUCAGAUGACGGCAUGGGCGAAGACACAGUACCCAUGGAGUCCGGAAUCACUGUUCGGGUGAACUACGAAAAGCUUGACGUCGCUCUCCGCAAUCGCCGUUUUCUUGACCUCGCAGAACAGGGCGUGUCAUCCGUAACAUCUCAAGUCUAUGACUGUCUCCUUCGCCGCAUUGAAUAUCAAACAAAAAAAUGCCGGGAAAACACCGAGAUACCACGGGAAGGAGAAGAGGGUGAGCAUUACUCGGCUCCUGUUGCACUGAGUGCAUUGUCGGAGGAUGUCGACCCGUACUUGGACCUUGCAGCAUCCAUCGGCCCCAUGGAAAUCUCACAGCCGGUGAACAGGCGCGGAAAACGGCCACUGGAUGACACUGUCAAUGGUGCCGGUCAUGGUAUGCCAAACGGGUUGCCGUCGGGGGUUAACCGCACCUAUGAAAUUGAUCAACACCUUUCCCUUCUUGCACAACCCCCGCAUAACCUCACAUCCAAGCGCAUGGUCUCAGGGCUUAUCACCUGGACUGUCGAGUUUCGCUACUUAGCACGCAAGCUCCGUCAUCUCGAACUAGAACGUAUGAUUGAAGCGCGGUAUGGCGAUGUUGCGCUUCGGGUUAUCCGCGUGCUUCAUGCCAAGGGCAAGCUAGAUGAAAAACGGCUUCAAGAGAUUAGCCUUUUGCCUUUCAAAGACCUGCGCCAGGUCCUCGCUAGUAUGCAAAGUGGCGGGUUCGUCGACCUACAGGAGGUACCACGCGAUGCGCAGCGACAACCCUCGCGCACCAUCUAUCUUUGGUAUUAUGAUCCGGACCGCAUCCGCAGUAGUGUUUUGGAAGACACGUACAAGACAAUGUCCCGGUGUCUGCAACGCUUGCGGUUCGAACGGAAUCGAUUGAAAGAGUUUCUGGAAAAGACGGAGCGUAGUGACGUCAAAGGCAAUGAAGAGCGGUAUCUCUCUGAAGCCGAGUUGACUCUACUGGAACAGUGGAAAGCCAAGGAGGCUCUUCUACUAGGUGAAGUGGCCCGACUGGAUGAGAUGGUUGCUGUGAUGAGGGAUUACUGA